CAACCUUGCACCGUAUUGAUCAAUCAAUCAACACUACUCGUCGCCGGGACAUCAUCAUCUAGGAUCUAGGAGAGUUUUCUCUUGGAGAUACACGUCUCACGAUGACCAGGAGCACCGACCCUUACGCACAUACCGAGCUCCGAGGUCUAAUCUCACCUCAUACUCACCCUUCCGCCGCGCUCAACUCCUCUUCCGCCGGUCCAUCGUCGCCCAGCUCGUCGGGGACGAUCUACCCGACCUACGUCCUCCCCGCGUCGAUAACCACUAUCCAUCCCCAACUCCGGGACCUGCUCGUAUGUCCGAAAGAGAGGGGGAGGUUGUACUAUGUCCAAGGCAAGGGAAUUACCGAACUACGGGUUGAUCUCGAGGGAGAGAGGGAAUAUGGCGAGCAGGUGAGGGAGGGCAAAGCGGUCGUCGGGGAGUGGGCUCCGAAGCGGACGUACAAGGCCUACUCGAACCUCCUCUUCACGCCCAACUGCUUGACGACAUCUUCCACCCUCCUCGCCUGCGGUGGUCAGAAUGGGGAGUUGCAUUUGACUACCCUUCCUCCCGCCACUUCCGGUCCGAGCGACAGCUCCUCUUCUUGUCCUUACUCUCCUAUUCCGACGCUAGACAGGCCUGCUCCUCGCACGAGGAGAUCGAGGGAAGAUUCGGCAUCGGCUUGGAGCAUGACCAUGACCCUACCGAACACGUCGAUCAACAACUCGUUCCUGCUCUUGCCCGCUUAUCGAGGGAACACGCCGUUGCCUACCAGACCGUCUUCCCCUUCUGGAUCUCACGGGAACGGCAUUGGGGUUCCACUUGGAUCUGGAUCUGGGUCCGGGGAUGCCAUCUUUUACGGUCGACGAAGCGCGGGGAACCAUGGGAUGGGCUCAGGGGCAGGAUCUAAUGGCUCGGGAGUAGCGACGUAUCCGAACUCCGUGCCCUUUGGUACUGGCACCGGGGCAGGAUCUCGUUUCGAGGGAGAUGACGGUGGAGCGAGGUACAUGUCCUCUGGCACGGUCUCGGAUGCCAGAUUCGGAACGUAUGGUCGUGCGACGACAUCGACAUCGACGACGACGGCUCGAUCGAGGGGAUUUGUUGGGACAAGAGGUAGAGUAGCGGAUGAUGAUCAAGUUGCCGAAAGACAGAUUCGAAGUGGGUCAGAAGGUCAAGAGUGGGACGGAUGGACCACGAUAGGACCGACUACGACGGGUCAUCGGGACCUUGGAGCGGAGGAUGAUGAUAUGGAGCAUGAUUGGGAAGGAUACGAUACCAUCUUCCCACCUCCGGCUACAAUCCGGAGUGGAUUUUCACCGCCGCCCCCGGUCACUGGCGGGAAUAAUACCGGCGCCAGUACCGGAGCAAGGAGGAGGAUCGAAGCAAUGUUGAUGGCGGGCAGCGGGUCGGCGACGGGGACGGUCACUUUCGAGGGUCCAGGAGGAAGUCGACGCACGCUCGAGACGUUUUCCGGGCCCUCGACGGUAAGAACUGGGGGUACACGACGGUACGCCUGGAUGCCGACUACGAGCGACGACCGAUCGCCACCGCCUCCUUGGCAUGGAAUGGAACCUUGGCAUUUCGAUUCUGGGUUCAACGACCGAAUCGCACAACGCUACGGUCCGGAAGGCACUGAAUCUGCCUGGCCUGGAACAUACCCCCGACCGACCCGCGCCCGGCCUUCUCGCUCAGCGAUAAUCGAGUACGAGAGCACCCACGCCCCGAUCAGGGAGGACGAACCGAGGUUGUUGGUCUCGAACAAUGACAUGUCGGUGAAACUGUUUGCCAUCCGGAACGCGACGAGUCAGACGCAGGCGAUUCCUCCACUCAGGUGGGGCGAGAUCCAGAACAAGGCGCCGAGGAAGAAAUUGGCGAAUAUCGGCGGGACUAAAUUUGAUACGGCCGUGAAUCAUGCCUCGGUAUCGCCAGACGGGACCACCAUGCUGGUAGUAGGAGACACGAACGACGUGUUCCUAUACGAAAUCCGAGGCGGUGGCCGCGAGUUCAACAAGAUUGCGAGGUACGAAGGGUCCCGCGAUGCAGGAUUUUCGACGUCCUGGAGUGCGGAUGGAAGAAAGUUCGUUGUUGCCAGUCAGGAUGGGCAGGUGACCGUGUGGGACCAUCGUUCAUCGCACCCACUCGCCAAACUGUAUACUAGCCGAACGUCGUCCAGGUCGACCUGGUACAGCCCCGACAAUCUAUACUGGGGAAACGCGAGCGAACCAGACUCGCCAACCCCUUAUGUCUCGCCGACAUCGACAAGGCCACCAGGUCGAUUCGGUGGCAGUCCGGGGUCGCAUACGCCUGGUCGUCGAGAUCCUGCGCGGGUGGUCAAGUUUAGCCCGGCGGGAAGUGGGCGAGAGCUGCUGGUCUUUAGCGAAGAGACGGAUCAUAUUCACAUCGCUGAUGCCAGGACGUUUGAUUCUCAGAUCACACUCCGAAUCCCACUCAAGGCGACUUUCGGACAAACGAUCUGGAAUGAAGACCCCUCGCACGUCCGGACGGCGUCCGAUCGAGGCCGGAUAGGAAUCGCUGGACUAUGUUUCGAUGAAAAGGGCGACUUCCUAUACGCCGGCACGGAGAGCAGUAUCGUCGAGUACGAUCUGCGAUUAGAGAGUAAACGAGGGUCUGGUUACAUAUCCAUGAUAUGAGGACGAAACGACAAUCAUACGACAAUUCUUGUAUUCCCGGUCGGGGUUGUAUAUACGGCAGGAAGUCUUACCGCAUUGUAUCCUUUUUUAGUAUGACGAGGUCCAAGUUCGGCAGGCUAGCGACUU